AGCCAGGUCAUGGAGCAGCCUCAGAGUCUGUGGGCUGUGGCCAGGUAUUCUGAGGGCCAUUAGGUGUGAAAUGAAUGGCAAAAUAAAUCCCAUGGCUGCUGUCGUCACCCUGCCAGGCUGACCACUCUGCCUUCAGCUCGGGAAGGACAAUGACGACACUAACCAGUGCAAGGAAAGGGCAAACUGGCAGCAUGAGUCACUGGAUGUGGCCAGCAUGGCUAUAAAGGCUCCAUGAUCAAUGUUAGGUACAUGAGUUAAGGCAGGGGGAGAAUGAGCAUUUGCCAUGCAGCGUGCCGUCUUCAAGGUUACUGUUUUCCUGCCUUGGUGCCUGGCCUUCCCAGUGCCCCCUGCUAUCGACCUUAAAGGACUGGACUUUAUUAAGGACUAUUCCCAUCAGAUUUUCCGGACCAAGAAAGAGUCACCACUCCUCACCCAGGGGGAAGACAUACAGCACCUGCCGCCCUUCCAUCUGAAUGAGACAGACCUACAGGAUGAGCAGACGCUGGCUGUGCCACACCAUCCCCACUGUGGAGUAACUGAUGGGGCUAAUGACUCCACUUUCCCAGGAAGUUCUAAAUGGGAUAAGCACACUUUGACCUACAGGAUUAUCAAUUACCCAAGAGAUAUAAACCCAUCCAUAGUGAAAGGCAUUAUGCAAGACACAGUUUCCAUCUGGAGCAAUGUGACCCUCUUGAUUUUCCAGCAAGUGAAAAAUCAAGAUGCAGACAUCAAGAUUUCUUUCUGGGACUUAGCCCAUGGAGAUUGUUGGCCCUUUGAUGGACCAGGUGGUGUCUUAGGUCAUGCUUUUUUACCAAAUUCUGGACCUUCAGGAGUUACCCACUUUGACAGAGUAGAACAUUGGUCAACUUCAUACAGAGGGUUUAAUCUGUUCCUUGUUGCCAUUCAUGAACUAGGCCAUUCUCUGGGCCUGCUGCACUCCAAGAGUCUGAACUCCAUAAUGUACCCCAGAUAUGUGAAUUGGGACCCUAGAACCUUCCAUCUUGAUGGUGAUGAUAUCAAAAGAAUUCAGCAACUGUAUGGAGAAAGAUGUUCAUCUGAAAUGCCCCAAUGAUGGCACAGAAGAAUCAUUCAGCCUGAGUUUUAGUGGCUUCACUGGAAGAUCAAAGAACUCAAGGCCUUAACGCAACCUUGGGGACUGCUUGAACUAAUCCCUAAAGAAUUGAUCCUAUUUAAGGCAGCUGAGUCAAAGCUCAGAACACUUCUGGGUCCCAAUA